AUGUCCGUCGAUAUCGAAGAGUCGGCGGACAGCGGAUUGCCGAAGACAUGGAUCUCGAAAAUCUUCUACGAGACGCUGGUCGACUUCAGAGGGCCCAGUGACGUGGGCAGCACGGCGUGUCGCCAACAGACGCAAAUGUACGCCAGACACUUGGAAAACAAUUCUCUGUGGGCGGUGCAGAUGUCUGAUUCUUGGAGUCGGUAUCCGAACGGCAUACUCGUCGGCACCUCACACCACAUGGGUGUGUACGAUGAGUGCGUCAAAGUGCACAAACCUGUUCAGGGAAAAUACUGUAUGCCAUCCGUCAAACUCGGAUCGUCGAAGGGUGUCGAUUUUAGGGUCGGCAAGCCCGACCAACCGGAAAGCAACGACAACGCCUGGCGAGAGAUACUCGGGUUCGUAGAUCAUGACAAACAACUGCACAGGAAUAUCGUGAAAUUCGGCAUUUGCAUCCCGGACUCUUGCACUGCUGCCGACCUCCAGGUUACGCUACAAAAGGAAUUCGACAAACAUUUCCUACCACACCAGGUUAAAGCUCAAGUCGAAGUGGAAUCAAUAUUGUGUUCGACGGAUAAGGACGAUUAUCCGUACGAUACCGGCUACUAUUUGACCAGUUCACUAGUUGGAUUCAUAUUCUUGGUCUGCUGCUUAUCGACGGCGUACCAUUUGAUAAUAAUAAUACGGGAUACCAAAGGGAAAAAUAGUGAAAUGCCAGAAAUGUUAAGCUCAUUUUCGCUAAUUCGCAACUGCAGAGAUCUAAUGAAAUACAACAAAAACAACGAAUUGAACAUCUUCAACGGGCUGAAAGUUGUUGCCAUGUUAUUGGUGUUGUACUGCCAUAAUUUUAUAUGUUUUGUAAAAAAUCCGCUCACGAACAACUAUUACCUUGAAAAGAUUUACGAGGAUGGGUCGGAUUUCUUAUUGACGGUCUUGAAUGUGAUAGAUAUGUUUUUUUAUAUCGCUGGUUACUUAAUAUACGUCAUGUUGAUUCAGCAAUUCAAUAAGCCCGGAACCAGUUGGUAUCAUAUACUUAUGGUGAUCGCGUACAAAUACUUGAAGGUUCUGCCGUCGUACGUGAUCAUGAUGAUGGUGACAGCUUUCAUCAUUCCUCAUUUGGAAAACGGGCCGUUUUGGGCUUCACAGAUAUGGCCUGAAGCUGAUAAAUGCAAAAACUAUUGGUGGGCUAAUGUAUUGGCAGUCAGCAACUUUAUACCAGCCGACAACCAAUGUAUCAUUUCCGGCUGGAACAAUGUCGAUGAAGAUGACACUUCCAGUUCCGAUUCUAACCUAACCCACGACACAAACAACGCUAAACCGUCUUACGAAAACCUAAUGUAG